GGCAGCCCUGCCGAGUCCCCAGCCCAGCGCGCUGUGGUUGGGAGACCCCAGCAGGCAGAUGCCAGCAUCAGCAUGAGAGGCUGGACCUCAGCCCAGCUCCGUCCUCACCCCGGGGGGCCGCUGCCUGGCCCCGCGCUUCCGAGUGGAGCUGCUCACUUUCUCCCUUCAGGAGUCUUUGUUCCAAGCCAGACAUCGCUGGGAUUCGCACAUUAACUCCCUCCACUCCAAAAGGGGUCCGGAGGCUGGGAUGCUCUGCCCUCCUGAAGGAUGUUGACUCUCGAGUGGGAGUCCGAAGGACUGCAAACAACAGCGUGGAAGAUGAGCUGGAGAUGGCCACCGUCAGGCAUCGGCCUGAGGCUCUCGAGCUUCUGGAAGCCCAGAGCAAAUUCACCAAGAAGGAGCUGCAGAUUCUUUACAGAGGAUUUAAGAAUGAAUGCCCCAGCGGUGUCGUUAACGAAGAAACCUUCAAAGAGAUUUACUCACAAUUCUUUCCACAGGGAGACUCUACAACAUAUGCACAUUUUCUGUUCAAUGCAUUUGACACAGACCACAAUGGAGCAGUGAGUUUUGAGGAUUUCAUCAAGGGUCUUUCUAUUUUGCUCCGGGGGACAGUACAAGAAAAACUCAACUGGGCCUUUAAUUUGUAUGACAUAAAUAAAGAUGGCUACAUCACUAAAGAAGAAAUGCUCGACAUAAUGAAGGCGAUAUACGACAUGAUGGGUAAAUGCACAUAUCCUGUCCUCAAAGAAGAUGCUCCCAGACAACACGUGGAGACAUUUUUCCAGAAAAUGGACAAAAAUAAAGAUGGAGUUGUUACUAUAGAUGAAUUCAUCGAAAGUUGCCAAAAAGAUGAAAACAUAAUGCGCUCCAUGCAGCUCUUUGAAAAUGUGAUUUAACGUGUCAAAUACGUCCUCAAUCAGACAAAUGUGAACUCUUCUACCACACUUAAAGUUGGAGCUACCACUUUUAGCAUAGAUUGCUCAGCUUUACACUGAGGCACAUUAUGCAAACCAGCUUUGUUUAACAUGAAGCAAUUCCCCCAAAUUUGAGUUCUCCACUUUUCAAUUUGCAUCCUUUUCAUAAUGCCACUGAGUUCAUGGGAUGGUUUCAAUCAUUUCACACUCUGUGAAUAUUCAGAAGUAACAGAAUCUGGCAUAUAGUUUUAUUGGUACCUUAGCCAUGGAAUUAUUAAGACCUUCACAUUAUCAGUGAGUUUAAUUAUUUACUUUUAUUUUUUUGCUACUCAUUUGUAUGUAUUCAGCCCAAAGAUUUUAAAUGAUCUUCUAAAAUAUUGGCAUGUGCGUUUAAUUUCCAUGUUUGUAUGCUGCAAUUCUAUUUAUGUACUUUAAGUAAACAAGAUUACCACAAUUUAAGAAAGCAAACGCAUAGUCCCAGUUAACAUGGAUGUUCUGCCUUCUGUUAAGAACAUUCGUUUAUCUGGCAUCCUUCAAAUAUAAAACAAAUUAAUUUACCACCAAAUGUCAGCAUAUGCCUAAUAGCUUAUUUAAUAAGCAUUUCUUAAUUUUUCAUAAAUACGUAUUACUGCUGAGGUCUACACGAUGUAUAUAAUUUUGGAUUUGUUCCAUCUCCCAGGUUGUUUCCUAUUGCCGUUAAGUGGAAGUCGUAGGUGUGAAACAAAGGGAGUGUUUGUAGUCGGCAUAUGCAAAGGGUGAGGAUACCUGUCCUUCAGUACCCGGAAUGCUUCAUAAGAAGUAAAUUUUAAUAGCAUUGAAAGCCUAUUGCAUCCCUUUCCCUGACUUCCUCAUGGCCCCUUUAUUAUUACAUGCCAACAGGGACAAAGAAACCUUGAUCUCCCCAGUGUGUGCCAGAAACAGCAAGCGGAAAUCACUUUGAAGCCAGCAGUGAUUCCAUGAUAGUGAGAAUCCCAAUACCAAAGUUCAGUUGAAAAUGAAUCCAAGUGCUAAGCAACUUAUCUGGACUGGGUUAUGAUUUAGCUUAUCAUAGAACUCCAAUAAUUCCGAUUCUUUUUAACACCCUUAAGCCAAAAUUGUAAAGCUGCCACAUUAUCGAAGAUGCACACACCUUCUGUUCUGCAGAAAUAUCACAAAGACCAAGAGGCGACAGUAGAAGGAAACUUGCAACUGUCUUUGCAACAAUAAAUCAGGUAUCUAUUCUGGUGUAGAGAUAGGAUGUUGAAAGCUGCCCUGCUAUCACCAGUGUAGAAAUUAAAAGUAGUACAAUACAUGUACACUGAAAUCCGCCAUCGCGUGUUUGUGUGAACUCAA